AUGGCGACUACCUCCUGCAACUCCUCUAUUAUCGGGCAGUUAAACUCUCCACCCAGAGCUUCGUUACAAAUCCUCGGGACGCAUAUCACCAACGAACAGGCUAAGGUUAUUGAUUUUGAUAUUCGGAUCAACUGCUUGAAAGUGGUAGGAAUCAAAUCUGCACAAUUUUUAACAAGCAGAGAGCAAGACUAUCGCUCCUGGGAUUACUCUGCCAAUCAGACCAGCGAAAAUCCCGAAGCGAUAUUAGAUAGCUGGCUUAAUGACUGGCUGGCUAAUGGUACGGACGGCCGAUGCUGGACGCUUUGUAAAUUAGUCUCUUUUCCCGAUGACGAUUGCGCUGUGAUGAAAGCUCAUAUCGAGCGCCUGGCACGUAACACCGCCUACGGGGGUUCUAUCGAGGUGGUGUUCCACACUCCCUAUCCAGAGCCGGAUAAUGCCGUAUCUGAGAAGACAUACAACGCGCAGAUUCGAGUGAAGUGGAAAUUUGAGUGUCCUUUUCCUCCCACCGAUCAGGUAUGGAACGACUUGGUCAUGAACGCAAUGGUCGACCGUAAGAAAGGCUGGAUCGCUCGGGAUGUGCCAACACCCUCUCACGGCCACGGAAUGUCUCCAUUCCGAAGGGCGAUCAAGGGUACUUCCCAAAUAAUAUCACAAGAGCAGGAUGUGGAUGGGUCGAAGCGCUUAGUACAGAGAUUCUCGCCAUGGGGCUGUGACGGUUCAUCAUGA